UAUCUCCUAAUCUAAUUACACAAUCUGAACUCAAGAAGCAUGGCUGAACCCAGUGAUAACUACAGGCUGAUAAACAUGGAAGGGAAUAAACUCAGCCACUCACAGAGUUACCAAGAGAACCUUUCAGCAGAGAUAAAAAGAAUGCAAAAACGAUUUCUCCAGAAAGAUGGAAGCUGCAAUGUGUACUUCAAACACAUCUUUGGGGAGUGGGAGAGCUAUGUGACUGAUAUAUUUACCACAUUAGUGGACAUCAAAUGGCGCCAUAUGUUUGUGAUCUUCUCAUUGUCCUACAUCCUUUCCUGGUUGUUCUUUGGUUUAGUGUUUUGGCUGAUUGCGCUCCAGCAUGGAGACUUAUCACCUGAUGAUGAAAACACCCCUUGUGUUGAUAAUGUCCACAGUUUCACAGGGGCUUUCUUAUUCUCCCUAGAAACCCAGACAACCAUUGGCUAUGGAUCCCGUUGUGUCACUGAAGAUUGCUCUGCAGCAAUUCUGACAGUUGUCCUACAAUCAGUGUUAGGGUGUAUCAUUGACACGUUCAUAAUUGGAGCUGCCUUGGCAAAAAUGGCCACUGCCCGAAAGCGAGCUCAGACCAUUCGCUUCAGCUACUAUGCCACAAUAGGCUUAAGAGAUGGCAAACUCUGCUUGAUGUGGCGUGUAGGUGAUUUCCGACCUAAUCAUAUGGUAGAAGGCACAGUGAGAGCCCAGCUCUUGAGAUAUGUGAAAGACAGAGUGGGAAGGAUGACAAUGGAGUACAAGGAUUUGAAAUUAUUAAAUGACCAGAUCAUUGUUGCUACCCCGGUGACAAUUGUACAUGAAAUUAACCAGGACAGUCCAUUGUAUGAUCUGGACAGGAAAACUCUGGCUAAAGAAAACUUUGAGAUCCUGGUUACAUUUGUCUACACUGGAGAUUCUACUGGAACAUCACAUCAGUCAAGGAGUUCAUAUGUACCACGAGAAAUACUUUGGGGGCACAGAUUUAAUGGUGUUUUGCAGAUGAAGAAGAAAUACUACAAAGUCAACUGCCUCCAGUUUGAAGAAACCACCGAGGUUUAUGCUCCCUAUUGCAGUGCUAAGCACCUAGACAGGAAGGAGCAAGAAUACACUACUUUUGAAAAGGCAAAGGAUGGAGAACCUGGAACAUCAUCUUCAGGACUUAGAGUUCGAUCAUGUAGUGCUGAUGCUUUAAUCACCCAUUCGGAAAUUUCUGAAGGUUCAGCCCAAAUGACUAAGCAAGCUAAUGAGGCAGAGUUACCCUAUGAAAAAGCUCUUGUGACUUUAAGCAGAAUCUCAAUGGAAUCCCAGAUCUAG